AUGGAGGAGGACCGGGCGCAGACUGACCUCGGCAUUGCCGCCGACAUUGAAGCUUCUCAUCGCGAGGAAGAAGCGGCGGCCCAGCCGGCGCUGAAGCAGCCCAAGAAGCGUUUCGUAGGUAGGAGGACGGCGGCCGAGGCCGCAGCAAAGAAUGGAGGCUCCAAUGGAUCCAUAGAGGAUAGCAAGUCCAUCCAAGUGGCCAAACCAAGACGGGGCCCGCGGCUCCUGAACCAAGUGCCCCCCGAAAUCCUCAACGACCCGGCCCUCAAGUCCGCCAUCUCCAUCCUCCCCUCCAACUACUCCUUCGAGAUCCCCAAGACGAUCCACCGCAUCCGCACCUCGGGCGCCAAGAAGGUCGCCCUCCAGAUGCCCGAGGGCCUUCUCCUCUUCGCCACCACCAUCUCCGACAUCCUCACCGAGUUCUGCCCGGGCAUCGAGACCCUCAUCAUGGGCGACGUCACCUACGGCGCCUGCUGCAUCGACGACUACACCGCCCGCGCCCUCGGCUGCGACCUCCUCGUCCACUACGCCCACAGCUGCCUCAUCCCCGUCGACGUCACCAAAAUAAAAACCCUCUACGUCUUCGUCGACAUCUCCAUCGACGCCUCCCACCUCCUCGCCUCCCUCGAGCGCAACUUCGCCUCCGGCAAGACCAUCGCCGUCGUCGGCACCAUCCAGUUCAACGCCACCAUCCACGGGGUCCGCGGCACCCUCGAGAAGGCCGGCUUCAACGUCCUCGUCCCCCAGAUCGCGCCCCUCAGCAAGGGCGAGAUCCUCGGCUGCACCUCCCCGCGCCUCGCCGACGACGGCGGGGUCGACCUCAUCCUCUACCUCGGCGACGGCCGCUUCCACCUCGAGAGCAUCAUGAUCCACAACCCCACGAUCCCGGCCUACCGCUACGACCCGUACUCGCGCAAGCUGACGCGUGAGACGUACGGCCACGACGAGAUGCAGGGCCUGCGGCGGACGGCCAUCAAGACGGCCAAGACGGCGAAGAAGUGGGGUCUGAUCCUGGGCUCGCUCGGCCGCCAGGGGAACCCGCACACGAUGGGGCUGAUCGAGAAGCGGCUGCGGGAGCGGGGGAUCCCCUGGGUCAACCUGCUGCUGAGCGAGAUCUUCCCGGGGAAGCUGGCGAUGAUGGCGGACGUCGAGUGCUGGGUGCAGGUGGCGUGCCCGCGGCUGAGCAUCGACUGGGGCUACGCGUUCCCGCGGCCGCUGCUGACGCCGUACGAGGCGCUGGUCGCGCUCGAGGUGAGGGACGACUGGGGCAAGGGCGUGUACCCGAUGGAUUACUACGGCAAGGAGGGCCUGGGUCGGGUGAAGCCUGCGGAGGUGGAGAUCAAGGGGUGA